CGCAGCGCCGGCAGGUUCGGCCGAACGCCAGCGCGCAUCUUCUCAGUGAGCAGAGGAGCUGUGAGCUCUUGCGUGCCACUCUGGAGAGGCUGUGAUGGCUGAGGUCCGGUGCAGCUGUUUCCUUCAAGGAUGCUGGUGUGGAUGGUUUCCAAAGGGCCUAUUUAUCCACCCGGAGUGCUGCCUAAGUGUUGCUUCAUCAGCAAGCAUCUGAUUUCCUCCAAGUUAUCUGUCAUGCUGCUUAUGAUCUAGCACACCCAGGAGGGAGGGACACAGAGGAUUUCUGACCAUGGCCCCACGGAAGAGGAGCAGUCGGGGGAUCUCCUUCAUCUUCUGCUGCUUUCGCAGCAGCGACCACCCCGAGAUCACAUACCGGCUGCGCAAUGACAGCAGCUUCGCCCUGCAGACCAUGGAGCCCUCGCUGCCCAUGCCACCCGUGGAGGAGCUGGAUGUCAUGUUCACUGAACUGGUGGAUGAACUUGACCUCACGGACAAGCACAGAGAGGCCAUGUUUGCGCUGCCGGCGGAGAAGAAGUGGCAGAUCUACUGCAGCAAGAAGAAAGACCAGGAAGAAAAUAAAGGAGCCACCAGCUGGCCGGAGUUUUAUAUUGAUCAGCUGAAUUCAAUGGCUGCUAGGAAAUCACUGAUCGCCUUGGAAAAAGAAGAUGAGGAGGAGAGGAAUAAAACUAUUGAAAGUUUGAAGACUGCACUGCGGACAAAACCAAUGAGGUUUGUAACCCGGUUCAUCGACCUGGAUGGCUUGUCUUGUAUUCUGAACUUUCUCAAAAGCAUGGACUAUGAGACAGCAGAGUCUCGGAUACACACCUCCCUCAUUGGCUGUAUAAAAGCACUCAUGAACAACUCCCUGGGCCGGGCUCACGUUCUGGCCCAUUCAGAGAGUAUUAAUGUAAUCGCUCAGAGUCUGAGCACGGAGAAUAUUAAGACAAAGGUGGCAGUGCUGGAAAUCAUGGGCGCUGUGUGCCUGGUUCCUGGUGGCCACAAGAAGGUACUGGAGGCCAUGCUGCACUACCAGAAAUACGCCAGCGAAAGGACUCGUUUUCAGACACUAAUCAAUGACCUGGAUAAGAGCACGGGAAGGUAUCGAGAUGAAGUGAGCCUCAAGACAGCCAUCAUGUCCUUCAUCAACGCAGUCCUGAGCCAGGGGGCUGGCGUGGAAAGCCUGGAUUUCAGACUCCAUCUGAGAUAUGAAUUUCUCAUGCUUGGCAUCCAGCCAGUCAUUGAUAAACUAAGAGAGCAUGAAAAUUCAACUCUUGACCGGCACUUAGAUUUUUUUGAAAUGCUUAGAAAUGAAGAUGAACUGGAAUUUGCCAAAAGAUUUGAGCUGGUCCACAUUGACACCAAAAGUGCAACUCAGAUGUUCGAGCUGACGAGGAAGAGGCUGACACACACCGAGGCGUACCCGCACUUUAUGUCUAUCCUGCACCACUGUCUCCAAAUGCCUUAUAAAAGAAGUGGCAACACUGUCCAGUACUGGCUGCUGCUCGACAGGAUCGUGCAGCAGAUCGUCAUCCAGAGUGACAAAGGGCAGGACCCUGAUGCCACUCCCCUGGAAAACUUCAAUAUUAAGAAUGUUGUCCGAAUGUUAGUCAAUGAAAAUGAAGUGAAACAGUGGAAAGAGCAAGCAGAAAAAAUGCGAAAAGAGCACACUGAGCUUCAGCAGAAGCUGGAGAAGAAGGAGCGAGAGUGCGAUGCCAAGGCCCAGGAGAAGGAAGAAAUGAUGCAGACACUGAACAAAAUGAAGGAGAAGCUGGAGAAGGAGUCCAGUGAGCACAAGCAGGUCAAGCAGCAGGUGGCAGAUCUCACAGCACAGCUCCAUGAGAUGAGCAGGAGAGCAAUCUGUGCUGCUGGCCCUGGAGGACCUCCCUUGCCACCAGGAGCUCCUGGUGGCCCUUUACCUUCUCCAGCUCCAGGAUCCCUUCUUCCUCCUCCACCACCCCCACCACCACCCCCAGGGGGAUGUCCCCCACCGCCUCCCCCACCACCACCCCCUCCAGGUGGUCCCCCACCACCUCCUGGCCCCCCUCCUCUGGAUGGGAUUUUGCCUCCCCCUGGAGCACCUCUGGGCUUGACCCUGAAGAAGAAGAGCAUCCCACAGCCAACGAAUGCCCUCAAGUCCUUCAACUGGUCCAAGCUGCCAGAGAACAAGUUGGCAGGCACCGUGUGGACCGAUAUAGAUGACUCAAAAGUAUUCAAAAUCCUGGACCUUGAAGACCUGGAAAGGACGUUCUCUGCCUACCAAAGACAGCAGAAGGAAGAUGCAAUCGAUGACACCUUGAGUUCCCGGCAUAAAGUCAAGGAACUUUCAGUCAUAGAUGGACGGAGAGCUCAGAAUUGCAAUAUCCUCCUCUCCAGGCUGAAACUCUCAAACGAGGAGAUCAAACGAGCGAUUUUGACGAUGGAUGAGCAGGAGGACCUCCCGAAAGAUAUGUUGGAGCAGCUCCUGAAGUUUGUUCCUGAAAAGGGUGACAUUGACCUGCUGGAAGAGCAUAAGCACGAGCUGGACCGCAUGGCCAAGGCAGACCGGUUCCUCUUCGAAAUGAGCAGGAUAAACCAUUAUCAGCAAAGGCUGCAGUCCCUCUACUUCAAGAAGAAGUUUGCAGAGAGAGUUGCAGAAGUCAAACCCAAGGUGGAAGCCAUCCGUGCUGGCUCCAGGGCAGUGCUGCAGAGCAGCAGCCUCCAGCAGCUCCUGGAGGUGGUCUUGGCCUUCGGGAACUACAUGAACAAAGGCCAGAGGGGCAACGCCUUCGGGUUUAAGAUCUCCAGCCUCAACAAGAUCGCCGACACCAAGUCCAGCAUUGACAAGAACAUCACUCUUCUGCACUAUCUCAUCACCAUCGUUGAAAAGAAAUAUCCCAAAGUCCUCCGCCUGCACGAGGAGCUGCGAGACAUCCCACAGGCAGCAAAAGUCAACAUGACCGAGCUGGAGAAAGAAAUCAACACUCUGAGGAGUGGCCUGCGAGCAGUGGAGACUGAGCUGGACUUCCAGAAGUCUCAGGUUCAGCAAACAGGUGACAAGUUUGUGUCUGUCGUCAGCCAAUUCAUCACACUGGCCAGCUUCAGCUUCUCAGAUGUUGAAGAUCUUCUGUUGGAAGCAAAAGAGCUGUUUUCCAAGGCUGUGAAGCACUUUGGAGAAGAUACGGACAAAAUGCAGCCCGAUGAGUUCUUUGGCAUCUUUGACCAGUUCCUUCAAGCUGUGACGGAGGCCAAGCAAGAGAACGAGAACAUGAGGAGGAGGAAGGAGGAGGAAGAGCGCCGGGCACGCAUGGAGGCACAGCUGAAGGAGCAGCGGGAGCGGGAACGGAAGGCGAGGAAGGCGAAGGAGAGCGGGGAGGAAGGCGGGGAGUUCGACGACCUGGUCUCGGCCCUGCGCUCGGGCGAAGUCUUUGACAAGGACCUCUCCAAGCUGAAGCGCAACCGCAAGCGCAUCACCAACCAGCUGGCCGACGGCAGCCGCGAGAGGCCCGUCACCAAGCUCAACUUCUGAGAAAAAAAACAAGCAACAAACAGCAACAGAAACCACCACCAACAAAACAAAACAAACAAAAAAAACCCACCAAAAAAAAAUAGACAAAAAACUCCACACAAAACGUGGGUUUAAUCUUUCUGAAGUGGCCGAGGAGGGAGGGUUGUUCCCCUUGUACUCCCUCGAGGUGGCACGCUCCUUCUCCCCACGAGUGUGUGUGUAUAUACUGUGUAUAUAGCCGGGUCAGGAGGCACGGGUGAAGGUGGGUGGGUGGCUCACCUGGAUGGGCACCAGCACCACCUCUGACCCCCUCCAAAAAGCUGUUCUCCCUCCCCAUGCACAAGCACAAUGCCACGGAGCAAGAGAAGACCCAACCCAGAGACACUGGUGGUCCCCGUGGUCCCCAAAAGGCGAUGGGACACCGCUCCCCACCGCUCUCCUGCUGGGACACCUUCCCAGGGCUGCCUGCAGGGGAUGCCUUGCGCACAAGCCGAGCAGUUUAAAGAGGAUAAGACAAAAAAAAAAAAAAAGAAAAAACAAAGUUGACUGAACUUUAAUGUGUUGGGUUUGUUGUUUGUUUUUUUUUUCUUGUCAUGGUUAUUCCAAAAACCUCACGCCCGUGCUCUCGCGCUGGAUCCUGAGCUGGGCGCUGUGGGCGCUCCUGGUGAUGCUCCUCCUGUCGUCCUUGGGAAACGCUCUUUGCUCCUCUUACCACCACCUUGCUAAAGGAAAAAAAUAAGUUUACCCCAAAGUGCUUCUCGCUCUAACGCCGCACAGAUGUAUUUAUACUUCUCAAACGUUUUCUGACCCAAGAAGGUGGGAGAGGUCGGUUCGCGGAGGGGACGAAGAGCAUAAAAAGUUUUGUGUUGUCAUUUUUAUUCUUGCUUUCUGUUCAAUGGGACAAACUGUAUCCUCUGUACAGGUGGGUCAGGCCCGAGGGUCUCUGAUGUACGAAGGGGCUGGUGCAAACCCCCCCGGCUUUCACCCACCUUCUUUUCUUUUUCCUUUACCAGACAGACGGAAGCAGCGAUGCCAAGAAGUGCUUGUCUCUCAUGCCAGGUCAACUGGUUUGCUGUUCGUUGUCAUUGCAAAUUUGUUAGCAGAACUACCUGUCAAAUGUCAGUCCAAAAAAAAAAAAAAAAAAAGAAAAAAAAGAAAAAAAUACAGAAAAAAUUUUAAAUAAAUAAAAAUAAUUCAAAGCUCUCAGGGAGUUAUAAUUUAAAGGUUUAGAAAAUUAAGAAUUGGAGAAUAAAAAGUAACCACCGUUAACAUAUUAACAUUUCUAUUCUUAAAUUAUGCUGAGUAUAUAGAGGACUGUUACUUUUUACUUUUUAUUUAUUUGUGGUGUGUUUUUUUUAAGCAAAACAAAACAAAACCUUUUUAUACCACCAAUACUUUUGUGAUCCCUUUGGGUUCUUUUUGUUUGUUUGUUCUUUUUCCUGUGGAGAGAUGAGUUUGUCCCUGUUGCACUAGAUAUUAACACUAUUUGAAAUAAGGUUGGUUUGUUGUUUUGGGUUGGGUUUUUUUGUUUUUUUUUUUGUCAGAUAAUCGGUAUUACUGGUGGGGUAUGGGAUGUCAGUUAACUAUAUGUACUGUAUAGCAAAAGUGCUGUUUAAACUAAUUUGUAUAAAAAAAACAAAAAAUGGUUCUAAGCACCUGAAGGCCACGGGGUCUGUGUGCUGAGUGAAAGCUGUGAAAUCUCUCUAACCAGAGUUGUCAAGAGCUGUGGUUUUACCAUUUUGUUCUUUUCUUCAUUGCAACUUUUGACGCACUGUAGAUAAAAAAAAAAAAAAAAGGAAAAAGAAAAAAAAAAAAGACUUUCUGAGUAGCAUUUAAAACAGUAAUAAAUAAAGCAGGUAAGUGCAAAAAGAAGCCCAGCACCUCAUACCUAAGCAGCUGCAAAACCUGCAGCUUAUGUUCAAAGGUGGAGUUAAGCACUUUGCUUUAAGAAGGAGGGGGAAAUAAAGAUAAAAGGUAAUGAUAAUACUAUUCCUUAACUAAAGUGCCUCUAUUUAUAUUUUUUAUUUAUGGCUGAAAAAAAAUGGGGCUGAUACAAUUGAGGGAAUGGACUUUGGGGGGGAAUUUAAAAUAUAUUGAAAAAAAAAAAAAAGAGAAGGAAAAAAGAAAAAGGUUAAAAAGAAGAAACCUCUGGCCUCUGAUGGUUUAAGGAAUGGUUGGUCACUUGUGUUUAAUUCAAAAGGUGUUGGGAGUUGGGGACAGUGAUUGCCUCCCGGGGUCCCUGGGUGGGGGGCUUGGCUGCCAGAACCCACCCCCAGCUCCUGCCUCCACGACCCCAGUGCCACAUCAGGACCUUUCCUGACAGAUUUCCUCUUGCCCUUCCAAACCUGUUUGUUUUGUUUUGUUUUGUUUUAAUUUUAUUUUAACUGUUUUACAACAGCCUCGCUGUCAGGCUGAGUUUGCCAUUUCUUUGUUUUCUUUCAAAAAAAAAAAAAAAAAAAGAAAAAAAGAGAAAAAGAAAAAUAUUCUAUCUCUAUAAAUAAAUACAAAGGCUGUGUGCAGGUAAUUCCAUGUGCCAUUGUUGAAAACUACUUUUAGAUUGGUGCUGGUGUAAGUAGCCACUCUUUUCUCUUGGGUGUGUAUUUUCAAGAUGAUUCUUUUUUUUUUUUUUUUUUAAUAAUGCCAAAAUUUAAAAAAAAAAAAAUCCAUAAUAAUUUGUAAACUGAAUUAUGUGUCUUGGACUUUAUUAGCUUAGUAGUGACCAAGGUAGUUUGUUAGGUGCAAGGAUGUUAGUAGUUGUAGCUAGCAGGAGAUGCUGUGUAAUGUUACCAGACUGUACAUUUUCUAAGAUGGCAAUAUGCAAUAAAGAAAAAAUGAUUUUGGUGAGUGUA